AUGACACCGGAGGAGAUCAGCACAUACGACAGGGAGCUCGCCACAAGUCGCGGUGGUGUACCUCUUCUUAAUCUCGUCGUUCGAAAGAAUGAUCCCAACAAAGCACUCCUACAGGAUGUGGGACUUUCGAUCUGCGCCGUCAAUCAUCCCUCCGACUCGGACAUCUUCCCGCCUCCUGACUACCAGGGCACUGUAAGCCUGCGCUGCUGUCUGGUCAACCUCGCCACGGGCCCAGGAAUCAAGGUCACAGUCAGAAUCAACCGUGGUGGCGCAGAAAGUAUCGCCCAGUCCCACUACGCAUCGGUCACCUUCUACUGCGGCGAGCUUUUCAAUCCCGAGCGGCCAGGUGGUAACAAGAAUUACCACGGCAUCUUGCCAGACACUCUCGAGAUUGAGCAAAACGACAACGGUUCGGAACCACAGACAAUCAUCUCUUUCGAGUCGGAAGGUGCCGUUGCUGCGAAUGUCAAUCCUCCCACGGCGAUCUUUGGCAGUCUUCUGGACCUGGCCGAGGACGAGAAAUGCGGCAUCGCCUGGCUCACUGGUCAUGCUCAGCGCACUACUCGAGCUCGGGUCAAGAUCUUCUGUACUCGUCUGAACUACAAGCUCGACAAAUUCGCGUCCGUAUCGUCAGAUCCUCUGUCGGACUUCAUCAACUCGCUCGCGGGCAACGCUCCGGAGGGGAUACCAGAGCUGCGCUCUGCAAGAGAGAAGCACUUCUACCCGUACAAACGCUCCGGUAUUACGCGAAUCAUGAUCGAACGUUCCUCCGCGCUCUUGCGAACAGUUAUCGUCAACAAGAAGCCUGAGUUUCCGUUCAUUGCCAUGCCCAGAUAUGUCCGUUGCCCCGAUUCGGAUGCGGCCCAGGUGAUUUUCGCUUAUGGCUUGAUUAACGAACUUGAGGAGGUGAAGUUCGCAUUCGAGUCGAUCUCCCACGAUGAGCACAUCGAGACUGGUGGUGAUGCGAGUGCAGUCGAGGUUCACGGAGCCAUCGUCAAGAACGAGCUAGGCAUCAUCAAUACCGAUCUCAUGGUUCUCGUGACUGGUAGCAACGCUUCCAGCUUGUUCAGAAGUGCCGACCACCACAAUGCGAAAGUCAGCCAAUACUGCUGUCACAUCUCUCCACAGGUCAAGGAGACGGCUCUGAUCACGCAGAUCGAUGCUGCUCGCGCACAGAUCGUCCUUGGUCCAAGCGGUUCCGGGAAGACAACAAUGCAGGUGAAGAAAGGCUUGAUCCUUACCCGUCUCCCGCACUACAAGGUCGUUUCCCUCAGCGAGAGCAAUGCUGUCGCCGACGACACGCUGGACCAAAUCCUCGAAGCAGAUCAUGAUUCUGACGCUCGUGCGCGGAAUGGCAUCUUUGGCAUGUUCCUCUCGAACUAUUGGUCCGACUCCAAGAUCGCUCUUGCGAGGUACGCGAACGAUAGCAUCCGCGCGGCGGUGCUUCAAGAUGCCCGGAUCCUCAUCACCACUAAUCAGAAUUGCGCUGACCGAGACAUCCGGAAAUACUUCGCAUCCUCCGCUGGUGACAAAGUGUUCAUAGAGUCAGACGAGUGUUUUGCCGCCACGGAGCACUGCUCCCUAAUCCCCAUCGCCACGACUGCCUUUGCACGCAACAUCGUUUCGAUCGUGUACUACGGCAAUGAAACACAGAUGGGACCCAUUCCGCUUAGAACAACCCGCUUGCUUGGCAAGGACGAGAAAAGAUCCAACGAGUUCCAUGCUCAGCUCCAGUGCUCGCUCGUUGAACGCAUGAUCAAGUCUGGCUUUCCAGUGCACCGUAUCGACUACCAAGGCCGCUGUCAUCCGAUCUUGUUCGAGCCGGUGAGCUCGUACUACUUCCAAGGCAAAAUCGACAGUCCGGACCCUAAGGACCAGCGCUUCGCACUCUCCGCGGAGUAUCACAAGCAGUUACGUGCUGUACUCAAGCUGCCAAUCGACAAGAAGCUGUCGGACGAGCAGGAGCGUAUGGUCCACGUCAAAGUACGUGGCAAGCAGCCGUGCCAGAAAGUCGCAGGUGGAUCUCGUGGCAACUAUUCCAGCUUCCACUACAUUGUCACGACAAUGCUGCCGGCCUUCGACAAGAUUCUUGGCGACGACAUGCACGACAUGCUCCUCGUCGUCACUCCCUACGCCCGUCAAGCCGAUAUGUGGACCGAGUGGUGUUCCCAGCAGAUCCGAGCCAAACUCCGCACUCGUAAGCAGCUCCCUCGCAUCACAACCGUCGACUCCUCCGAGACCGCCGAACAUGUGAUCGUAGACUUGGUCAUCGACGGAGAGCAUCGUAAACAACUUGGCCAUCUCAAAGACAACAGGCAAUUCCACAACCUCGCGACUCGAGCCAAGUCGACAAUGUGGCAAAUCAUGUCGGAUGACACUGGAGAAGAGCGCUACCUACCUUCCGUAAGGUCCAAGCCUGCUCCCACUUUCGUCGACGACAACGGCAAUUUCGACAAGAGCAAGAAGGCGUUCUGGUUCUUCAUCAACUGGUACACCCGGCACAAAUGCAUCUGGCACUUGGACAAUAACGAGUCGUUCGACUUUUUCAAUGCUCCGCGCGAUCUCAUGUUGUCAGUGGAGCGGGAUGCGCUUGAUCGAUUCCAAGCUGUCAAGGAACAGGUUCCAACCGCUGUCAGCGAGCUCGUCCCUGGCGACCUCACUGCGGCACAGACCAAGCAGCUUCGCGGAAUUGCGAUAGAGAUUGCAGAUGAGCAGUGGCAAGCCGAGCAUCUGGGGGAGAAGUCAGCCUACGAGUUGUGGAAGGCCACGGUCAUUAGGCCGCUGAGUCAAGCGGCGUUGUGA